UUGUAGAUGUAUAAAAAAGGUCUCUUUUGGUUGAGCCAAGAAUUGGGAAAAUUUUGGUUUUUUGUGAUUUUGCCCAUAAGCACAGUGGAUACAAUAAAUUAGACAAGUUGAUGGAGUGAAAAGUGUGUUAAUUUGUGACAUUUGUUGAUGUUGUUGUGGUGGGGAAAGAGAGAGAGUAAGCAAUCCAUUGUUUAGCUAGCCCACAAUCUUUUUGUUUUGCUGCCUUAAAUGGGAAACGUUCUUCUCAACUCCUUCCUCAUUUUACUUCGUGUUACACACUUUUAAAGAUAAACCCACAAGCCUACAACUCCCUUCCUUAUCAGUUAUCGCCCCUUUCCUUUGUUUGUAUCCUUUUAAAAGUUGUGCAAAGAAAUUUGUUUGAAAGUCUGGUUAAUUUGGGCUAUUGGUUCUUUGUGGGAUUUUUUUAUGGUGAAUAAAAUGGGGAGUCAGGAGAAACAUGUGACUGAGGAAGCUGGUUUUGGUGGUGGUCCAAGCCAAGGAACUUUUCCAGUUCAACAGGUUGAAGAUUCAACAAGAAUAGCUGAAGAUACAGCUCGUUCUCGUCAUUGGAGGCGAAACAAUCUCUCUCUAGAGAUACCCUCAAGAACUAUCCAAGAAUCCGUCGUAGUAAAGAUUCCCCCAACACCUAGUCCGACUCCUAGGAAAGUGAACUUUCUCUUGACACCAAAUCCAUCUGAUGCAAUAACUAGUGGCUCCCCAGGUCCCUUCUCAUCUAGAGGCAAAUCGUCCUUGAAAAAUCUCCUACCAAAACUAAGCUUCAAGCAGAGAAAUGCUAAUUUAGAUAUUGAAAAGGCUGCAGCCAUUGCUCUAGCAUCUUCUUCUACUUUACAAAGGGAGAAGCCCUCCAUCUCAAGGACAUUGUCAAUUUCAAAGAUAUUUACUCCUAGGAUAAAAAGGACGUCAUCGUUGCCUGUAACUCAUAUUACUAAUUCGAACCUGGAGCCUACGAGCACUGGAAGCCUCAGUGGCUCUGUAAACCCUAAUAAAAAAGGGAAUGUGUUGCAGAUAUCUCGCUCAUUUUCUGUUCCUGUAGAUGGCAAAGAAGGAAAAUUAAGGAGAAUGGGUUCAUUUUUUCGGGUGAUCCACUCAACUCCACGAGUAAAGGAAGGAGAAAUAAGUUCAAAUGUUUCUACGGGGCCUGAUGCUGAUAACAGUGAUCCUGAUGGUGAAGACAUACCUGAAGAAGAUGCUGUUUGUAGAAUUUGUCUGGUUGAAUUAUGCGAUGGAGGUGAAACACUGAAGAUGGAAUGCAGCUGCAAAGGCGAGCUUGCUUUGGCACACAAAGACUGUGUUGUGAAAUGGUUCAGCAUCAAAGGCAACAAGACCUGUGAUGUGUGCAAGCAAGAGGUUCAGAACCUACCUGUCACACUUUUACGAAUCCAAAGUAUUCAUGGUGGAGGUCUUCAGGCUGACGCUCCCAGGUAUAGGGUUUGGCAGGAGGCCCCUGUUCUUGUUAUUGUCAGCAUGCUUGCAUAUUUUUGUUUUCUUGAGCAGCUUCUGGUUGGAAAAAUGGGAACUGGAGCAAUUGCUAUCUCUCUUCCAUUUUCAUGUAUGCUAGGCCUCCUUUCAUCCAUGACUUCAUCAACAAUGGUGCAGCGGAGAUUUGUGUGGGUUUACGCAUCAGUUCAAUUUUCUUUGGUGGUUUUCUUUGCUCAUAUAUUUUAUAAUUUGGUGAAAGUACAAGCGAUUCUAUCAGUUCUCCUGUCAACAUUUACUGGAUUCGGUAUUGCAAUGAGCGGGACUUCUAUGAUUGUCGAGAUCCGUCGAUGGAGAAUAAGAUGGCAGGCUUGGUCGCAACAGCAAAAUAGUCCGCAAACUAUGACUCAACCGCAGGUCCAAUCCCAAUCCCAAUCCCCUGGAGGUGUUAAUGCACCUCAGACUCAACGAGGUCCUACAGUAAAUCAGCAAAAUGCAGAAGCUUCCACGGGGAGCUGAAUUGGUUGAUUACUCGGAAACCCGACAGUGGAGGCUCUAGCGCUAUAUUAUGUUAUUUAGACGAUACUUGCUUCUGUAAUGUAAAUCAAAUAGGCUCUCUCAUACAUGAAAGAGAUUGGUUCAGAGACUGGAAACGAACAUGCACCUCGAAUUUAUGUUUUGAUCUCCCAAGAGACACUUCCGUGAA